CCCGCAUUCGCAUUCGCUAUGGCUAAGCUCCUCACUUCCGUGCUCUGUGCCAUUCUGCUGUCUGCAGCGGCCAACGCUGCUCCAGCGGGCCAUCUGGGUGCAUCCGCUAGUGCCACUGCAUCUGCGAGUGCAGAGGCCUCCACCGGAGCAGCAGCGUCUGGAACCAUCUCCGCUCUCCCUGAGCAAGUAACGGUAGCGCAUGCCAGCGACGACCCGAAUUCUGUACUGUGGAACGUCACCGUGGCAGAUCCUCCGACAAACAGCGAAGCAGAGCCCUACCAACCGAUACGAGGCUCACUUGGUGCUACUAUCAUUGCUCAACAAAAUCCAGCACUGCAGCAGAUGAACCCCGACCUGUUGGCUGGUCCCACUACCGACAAUGGUGAUGUCCCGAACUUGAAGUGGCCAUUCAGUAUGAGCAACAACCGAUUACAAACCGGCGGUUGGGCCAGACAGCAGAAUGUGGACCAAAUGCCUAUUGCGACUUCAAUGGCCGGGGUUGACAUGCGCCUUGAGGCUGGGGCUAUACGUGAACUGCACUGGCAUCAGACAGCUGAAUGGGCUUACGUGCUUAGUGGAUAUAUGCAAGUGACGGCAGUGGACGAGAAUGGAAGGAACUUCUUGAGCACAGUAGGACCCGGUGAUCUUUGGUACUUUCCUCCUGGUAUUCCCCACAGUUUGCAAGCGACAAAUCAAACCGCAGAAGGAGCAGAAUUCCUCCUUGUCUUCAACAGUGGCGACUUCAGCGAGGAUUCUACUUUCUUGUUGACAGACUGGCUGGCGCAUACCCCCAAAGAAGUAUUAGCAAAGAAUUUCGGUACAACGAUCUCCGCCUUCGACAAUAUCCCUGCAGAGCAGCUUUACAUCUUUCCCGGAGCUCCUCCCUCGCCUGACGCGGCCGCUCCUGAGGACCCCCAGGGCCAAGCUCCUCUCUCAUACACGUACAAGCUCUCCGAAGUCACUCCAACAGAAUACGCCGGCGGAUUCGUGAGGAAUGCUGAUGCGAACACGUUCAACGUUUCCACGGGGAUUUCUGUUUCUGACGUGACGGUACAACCUGGUGGCAUGAGGGAGAUGCACUGGCAUCCGACACAGAACGAGUGGACCUACUAUAUUUCUGGCAGCGCGCGCGUGACUGUAUUUGCAUCGUCAAGCACUGCGAGGACGUGGAACUAUGAGCCUGGGGACAUCGGCUAUGUGCCAGCUUCCUACGGGCAUUACAUAGAGAACAUUGGCGAUACCGACCUCCAUUUCCUCGAGAUCUUCGACAGCGACGUCGUCCAGGAUAUCAGCCUGAAUCAGUGGCUGGCUGUCAUUCCCACAGCCCUCGUCGAGGCCCACUUGGAUUUGGAUGAAGAAACGAUGUCUAUGCUGAGCAAAACUAAGCCAGUCAUCGUCGGAUCCACAGGCGUAUGAUCAUGUUCAAGUCUAUUUGAGUCACAUUAGUUUUUGCGGUCGAUGUAUGCUGUUAUCGUGCACACUGUACGAAUGGACUCUCCUAUGCUUAGCUCCCAUGUUUCUCGCGAGUCUUGUGGAAUGGACAACGAAUAUGAUUACCUUAUACGUCAAGAAAGUUCCGAGUUGACCGGGUUUUGC